GUGUAAAAGUGGCAUCAUUGCAAAAGAAUGCACCCGAACACAAAACACGGUUUGUGGGGAAAAACGAGAUAACACAAAAGGUGAUUUGUGGUGGCUUUGCUUAAUUCCGCUUUUUGUUGCAUUGAUUGUGGGAUCGAUUUUAUACUAUCGUGCAAGGUGCAGAGGUCAAAUGAGGCUAAAUAUUCCAAAUCAAAAUGGCCAUAACCAUGAAUCACAU